AUGAGCCAAGAAAUCCUCGUCACUACAGAUGACCUGGGGCUCCCGACUCUCCGGUUGUACGAUCCUUCCAAGAACGGAGAACCCACUACAGCUAUCCCCCCUGAGGCCAUCAAAGACCUCUCAUCUAAACGCACGUUCGUCUUUGUCCACCCCGACCAUCUCAGCUCCAUCUUCCGCAAUGCCAAAACUCAUGAACAAAUCGUUAUACACAUGAGGCGACUCCGACUGGUCAUACUACACGCAAUCUCAACCGCUAAGCUUACAGACACGGAAGUAGAAGGUGGCGUCGAUGGUCCCAACAUCUCACCGCUUGUUGAGAAAUGGUGGGUCGCAUGUCGGGCCAUCCCACGGGGUCAUGCGAUCGAGCAUGUUAUCUUCGAUAUGUCUUUUCCGAACACAAUGGCUAAAAGAGAGAUUGUGAGACUUCUGCAGGGCCUGAGCACGACUUUUUCUUUGAAAUCGAAUGGGAACUUCGAAUGUUGCGUUGAAGGCGAAGCGGAGAGAAAGGACUACCUGGAGAGCAGUCUAGUGGGCUUCAAGAAGUCUGCGGAGUAG